GCAGAGACGAGACCGUUUUUUCUCUCUCUCUAUCGCUUGCUGUCGGCGGCCAUUUUAUCUCGUCUCCACCCGCUCCUAGUGGAGCCCCUUCCAACCGCCACCAUUUUCGCCAUGUCGAGAGACCGUUUCCGGAGCCGCGGAGGCGGCUUCCACCGGAGAGGCGGCGGCGGAGGCCGAGGAGUCGGAGGACUCCCGGGGAACCACGACUUCCGCUCGCCGCCUCCGCCGAGCGGAGUGGGACAAGCCCGAGGAGGAAGCGUCGGAGGCAGCAGCCACCACUUGGGCCUCCCCCAGAAACCGGAGCCGGCGAAGCCUCCCGCGGUGACCUCCGUCCCUCCUUCCUCCGCGGCCUCCGUCUCUGUCUCCUCGAGCGCGGCUUCUUCGGUCGGAGGGCCCACCCAAAACCAGCAACCUCCGGCUUCUUCCGCGGCGGCGGUGGCGGCUGCUUCCUCCUCAUCCUCCGCCGUCGCCACUUCGGCUCCCGCCGUCGUGACUGCGGCUCCGCCUUCGCAGCCGCCGCCGGCGCCUCCAUCGAGCCAAACAGGAGCCAAGAAAGGCCCCGGUCAGUCUCCAGGAGGCGGCGGCGGCAGUGGGGGUCCCAGUAGCGGUUUGAAGCCUCAGCAAAGCGGAGGACCCAAAGGCGGCAGCGGAGGAGGAAUAGGAGGAGGGCCAGGGCAGCACCGCGGAGGAGAGAGGCGAGGCGGGCAGCACCCUUCGCAACAACAGCAGCACCAACAACAGCAACACUCGGCUAUGCCUCCUCCUCUUCCUCAGCAGCAGCAGCAAGGCGCCGGAGGGGAGAAAGUGUCCGACGCUGAGGGCUUUAAAGCCAAUUUGUCACUUCUGAGACGACCUGGAGAGAAGACAUACACUCAGCGUUGUCGUCUCUUCGUUGGGAAUCUACCUGCUGAUAUUACUGAAGAUGAGUUUAAGAGGUUGUUCUCUAAAUAUGGUGAACCUGGAGAAGUCUUUAUCAACAAAGGAAAAGGUUUUGGCUUUAUUAAACUGGAAUCCCGAGCUCUGGCUGAAAUUGCAAAGGCAGAACUGGACGAUAUUCCUAUGAGAGGAAGGCAGCUGCGUGUGCGUUUUGCCACCCAUGCUGCUGCUCUUUCUGUUCGCAAUCUUUCCCCGUAUGUUUCAAAUGAACUGCUGGAGGAAGCCUUCUCUCAGUUUGGCCCAAUUGAAAGAGCCAUCGUGAUUGUAGAUGAUCGCGGUAGAUCCACAGGAAAAGGCAUUGUUGAAUUUGCGUCUAAGCCUGCAGCACGAAAAGCAUUUGAGCGUUGCACAGAAGGUGUCUUUCUUCUGACUACUACUCCAAGACCAGUUAUUGUGGAGCCUCUUGAGCAGCUGGAUGAUGAAGAUGGUCUCCCAGAAAAGCUGGCUCAGAAAAAUCCAAUGUAUCAAAAGGAGAGAGAGACUCCUCCACGAUUUGCCCAGCCUGGAACUUUUGAGUUCGAAUAUUCUCAGAGAUGGAAAUCUUUGGAUGAAAUGGAGAAACAGCAGAGAGAUCAGGUGGAGAAAAACAUGAAAGAUGCUAAGGAUAAACUGGAAAGUGAAAUGGAAGAUGCCUAUCAUGAGCACCAGGCAAACCUCUUGCGUCAAGAUCUCAUGAGGCGACAGGAGGAACUCAGGCGUAUGGAAGAACUUCAUAAUCAAGAGAUGCAGAAACGCAAGGAAAUACAGUUAAGACAGGAAGAAGAGCGUCGUAGACGGGAAGAAGAGAUGAUGAUCCGCCAACGUGAGAUGGAAGAACAAAUGAGAAGACAAAGAGAAGAAAGUUACAGUAGAAUGGGUUACAUGGACCCUGUAAGUCAGGGCUGGAAGAAUCCCAGUAGUCUGGUUAAUCAGAGGGAGAGAGACAUGAGAAUGGGUGGCACCAGCACCAUGAACAUGGGAGAUCCCUAUGGUACAGCUGCUCAGAAAUUCCCACCUUUAGGAGGUGGAACUGGCCUUGGCUAUGAAACCAGCCCUGGAGUUGGACAAGCAUCUAUGAGCACUUCUAUGAUGGGGAGUGAUAUGCGCCCUGAACGAUUUGGACAGGGAGGUGCGGGGCCUGUAGGUGGCCAGGGCCCUAGAGGAAUGGGGCCUGGAACUCCAGCAGCUUAUGGGAGAGGGAGAGAAGAAUAUGAAGGCCCAAACAAAAAGCCCCGAUUUUAGAUGUGAUGUAGAUUUCCAUUCCAGUUUUUGUUUGUCUUGUUUAGACACUACCUUUUUUUUUAAUUCUUGCAUUUUAGUAAGAAAGCUACGUUUUUAUGGAUGUUAGAAACUUAAUGACCUAGAAUUUGUAAGUGGUCUGGGCAAAAAAAAAAACAAUCUAAUUAUGUAAUGCAGUGUUCAAAACUUAGCUUUUUGAUGUAUAACGUCCCUACCUUGAUGGCAGUGUACCGUGUGCCAUUUGAAUUCCCAACUGUAAACUUUUUUUACUGUGCUUAAAAUAAAUAGACUACAUGUA